AUGGUCUUGAACUCACAUAACGAGGAGCUACGUACCAUGGAAAGUCCAAGUCUAGAGCUUAAGCAACUUGGUCGAGAGACUAAGAGCCUCAAGCACAAGCAUAAGAGCAGUAAACGCAACACUAAAGUCAAUCGAGAAGACGCAAUGCGAGAGUUAUUGGCUGGAAAAAUUGCUGAGAUUGAAGUGGGUGGAGAUGAGACUGUCAAUGAUCUUUCAGAUAUUUAUUUGGGUGAGACGUUGUUAGUACAGAUGAAGGAAAAGGCAGAGGAUGUAAAGGAGAAAGAAGGACUGGUGGCGAAGGAAAACGUGAUGGAACUUGCCAGCAACCUCAUCUACGUGAGUGAACAACUGGAAUUUAUGCAGAAGAAAAUCAGCGAGUUGAACGCCAAGUGUAUUUUACUCAAGCAACGCAAGGGUGCAGUGAGCACGGAGCUGGUCAAGACGAACGCCACCAAGACAAAACUGGAACAACUCUGUCGGGAGUUGCAAAAGCAAAACAAGCUCAUUGUAAGCGAAAGCCGUCGUAUUGCUGACGAGGAAGACCAGAAGAGACGCGACUUAUCAGCUCAGUUUCAGAAAACGAUUGAAGAAGUGAGUGCCAAAAUGGACAAGCAAGGCCAAGACUACGUGGCGUCAUUGAAGGAAAACGAAAAUCUGCAGCAAAAGCUGAAGAUAUUUCUUGAACAAUACACAACGCGUGAAGAGCAUUUCCAGCGGCAAUUAGAGACCAAGGACCUAACUAUUCAGCUCGCCGAAACGAAACUGCGACACCAGAUAGAAUUAACAUCGCGAGAGGCGGAGAAGGUGAAGAUUACAUUAGACAAGUCCAAGGAGUUUUCCGACCGUGAGGUUCAGUUGCAAGCACAGCUUAAUUCGUAUUCGGAAAAGUUUGACGUGGUACAGCAAACACUGACAAAGAGCAAUCAGAUGUUCACUGCAUUCCGUGAAGAAAUGGACAAGAUGGCUAAAACAACGAAGAAGCUGGAGAAAGAAAACCUAGCGCUAAAAAGAAAGUGUGCUGAGUAUGACAGCGGUGCGAUUGCCUCAAUCCAAGGGAAGGUGGCAUCUGCAGAGGAGACGAUAAAGCUCCAGGAGAAGGUUAAAAAGCUAGAGAGUCUUUGUCGCCACCUUCAAGCCGAGCGCAAAAGUAUUCAACAAGCAACAGAUUUAAGCGCUGCAGCCGCGACAGAGUCAGCUAAGAGGUGA